AUGACUUCUAUUGAGAGCAACGGACCUCUGAUAGCGGGCAUCACAUGGUUUCUCUGCUUCUUCUGUGGCACCUUCCUGGCGUUACGAGUGUACGCGAAGUUAAGCAGGGGACAGAAGCUGUGGUGGGAUGACUACAUCUUUCUUUUCUCGUGGACUUGUCUCUUUGUCGAAUCGAUCAUCACCCAAAUGGGCGUCAACUUGGGUUUCGGCCGUCACUAUUACGACAUCACUCCCCAGGCCAAUCUCCUAACGAUUGCCAUGUAUACUUCAGUAGGCGCAUCAAUAUCGUGCUUUGCUUCGACUGGUAGCAAAGUUGGGUUUGGUGUAACCCUCCUUCGGCUCACGACGGGCUGGUUCAGGAUAUUUGUGUGGUUCGCCGUCGUGACAUUGACGGUGGUCAUGCUUCCCAGCGCGACCUUGACAUGGCUGAAGUGUACCCCGGUGCAAAAGAACUUCAACAGACAGAUGCCAGGGACCUGCUGGGAUGAGUCUGUGACGCUCAACUACGGCAUCUUUAACGCGGCUUGGUGCGCGUUCAUGGACUUUGUGUUGGCGAUAAUCCCCUGGAAGCUCAUUUGGGGGAUGCGGUUGAGAAAACACGAGAAGCUAGGCGUUUGCUUUGCGAUGAGCCUAGGCUGGUUGGCAGGCGUAUGCGCCAUCAUCAAGGGCAUAUAUCUUGUUCAACUAGAACAAGGUGACUUUUUCUUCAACGGAAAGGACGUAACUAUCUGGACCGCUGUGGAAACGGCCACAGCAAUAAUUGGAUCAUCGAUUCCGGUCUUACGAGUCUUUAUCAAAGAAAAGGCAUCUACCCUUGGCUACGACAACAAAGUCAACCACGAUGGUAGCAACGAAAAUUCAAACAACAUGGAGCUCAACACGUAUCGGAGCGUGAUUACCUCUACAACGCGGAAGGGUACCCUAUCGACGACGGAAGAGACCGAUUUGGAUGGCGCACGGAAUCUCCCACGGAGCGGAAGCUGUCUUUUGGUGGACAUACCAGACUUCAAGCUUGAGGGAAUUGUGCGAGCUCGGAGCGUGGAUGAAGAAAGUCAAGACGGGUCAGACGAUGAUCAGAAGUUUAGUAAUCAUGAUCGGGUCGACCACAAUGUCCAUAGCCAGGAACAAAUCAGGGACGAGCGGGAGUUUUAUGGAAGAGCGCUCUGA